AUGGCGAGAUUCCCCGCCGCGUCGUCUGCUUUGGCGGACGCGACCAAGUCGGUGCCGCUGGCGCCUACGCUCGACCGCCGCGCCCACACUGCCGCGGAGUUCCUGAGGAGCGCCCCCAGCCACACACCAACGCAGCAGAACGAGCGGAAGAAGAAGAAGAAGAAGCCGAGCGGUAAGAAAACCGCCGGCUCUCCUGUGACUCCUUCCGCUCCGGCUGCUGCUCCCCCGCGCCUCGGACCGGUGGCCUCGGCCGCCCUCACCGAGACGGCGCACCACGUGACCCCCGUCGCCUCGGAGCCCCCCUCGGACGGCUUUGAACUCGUCCGCUCGAAGGCAGAGCGCCGGCGUGCGAGGGCCUUGGAGAGUGCUGCCCUGCCUGUGGACCCCAAGAUCGUCGGCACGGUGCUCUUUCGCCCCUCGGCUCCCGGCGGAGCCUUUCGCGGUGCGCCGCGCCUCGAGCUCGCGGCGGCACUUUCGGCGCGCCCUGGUGUUGUGGUGGUUCGCGUUAACCACAAACGCAACAUCGUGGCUGCCGACACCACCACCCGGGAGUGCCUGGAGGAGCUGAUGGCCGUCACCGAGCUCGGAGGCAUCGCGGUGACUGCCCGGCUGCCUGCUGAGCGCGGAAAGAGCACCGGCUUCCUUCACGGUGUGGACGGGGAGCACACGGACGAGGACCUGCUGAGGGCCAUCCAUUCCAGCGUUCCUGUGGUGUCUGCAGCCAGGGUGAGGCCGGCCAGGCCCCGUCCGCUGCAGUGCCGGCAGUGCGGCCGUUUCGGACACGUGACGGAGACCUGCAGGUGGCCAACAGGCUGCAUCACCUGCGGCAAAAGCCACGCUCCAGGCUCCUCGUGCCAGACGGUCCGCUGCGUCAACUGUGGCGGGCCCCAUGCUGCAGACACCCCUGCCUGCCCCAUGUGGCAGCAGGAACGAAGGGUGGCCACCAUCAUGGCCUCCUCCACCACAGCGCUCUCCAGGCGCGCGGUCCGAGCCGCGGUUCGUGAGGAGCGGGAGACGGGGCAGACCACCACACCAUGGGCACGGUCAUUCGCGAGCGUGGUGAAGGGUGCCCCUGCCCCCGCUCGGCGCCCGGUUCCUGCCCCACGAGCACCCCGCCGCCAGCUGCCUGAGCCUCCUGUGGCCCCCGCACCGCCUGCAGCCCCACCGGCCCAGUCCACGGUGGACCAGCUGGUGGCCAACCUCCUGUUGACCAUGCAGGCAGUGAGCUCUAUGCUGCCAGCUGACCAUCCGCUACGAGCCAUCUGCCUGCAGGCGGUGGCAGUCCCGGCCACAGUGAACCAGCAUGGCUGA